GUAAGCAGCCAGUGAAGAAUCCAGCCUGCCGAACAAGACUGAGUUUGGGGUCAGGAACCGGUCUGACAAGAGAAUGGCAAUCCUGCAUGUAAACUGUCAAUAGGACUGUGUAUAUGAGGAUGAACCUACCAGAACACUGGAUCCAAAGUCGACACACCGAACAAGAGAAUGUCAAGAUAUAUUUCAGGAGAUUGUGAGUGUUACUAAAGAUGUCCGAUAGAGUCGAUAUUGAAGAGAAACCGCCAGCCCCUCCCUUGAGAAUGAACAGUAGUUCCCGAGACUCUACAUCAGUGAAUCACGGCUCCAAACCUCUCCCAAUGGCUCCUGAAGAGAAGAACAAGAAGGUCCGCCUGCGCUCCAUCUUCCCUGGGGGAGACAAGACAAACAAGAAGAAGGAGAAGGAGCGUCCUGAGAUUUCCCUGCCCUCAGACUUUGAGCACACCAUCCAUGUCGGCUUUGACGCUGUUACAGGGGAGUUCACUGGCAUCCCAGAGCAGUGGGCGCGGCUCCUUCAGACCUCCAACAUCACCAAGCUGGAACAGAAGAAGAACCCUCAGGCCGUGCUGGACGUGCUCAAGUUCUACGACUCCAAAGAGACGGUCAAUAACCAGAAAUACAUGAGCUUCACCUCCGGAGACAAAUCAGCACAUGGAUACAUAGCAGCCAACACUCUGAACCGACUGCUGUCGUCUGGGCCUCCUGUCAGCCUUAGAACCUGCAGCGCAUUAUUUGACAAGGGUGCAAAGACAUCGACAGAGCCCCCUAUAGCGCCCCCUGUGUCAGAGGAGGAGGAGGAUGAGGAGGAGGAGGAGGAGGAAGAGGAGGAAGAGGACGAUGAGCUACCACCUGUCAUCGCACCUCGACCUGAGCACACUAAAUCUAUCUACACCCGCUCUGUCAUCGAACCCUUGGCGCCUCCCGCCCCUGUGAAGGAGGUCACAACCCCGCCGGAGUCCCAGGUCCAGCCGGAGAACACAUCCAGCACUCUGUACCGCAACACUGAUCGGCAGAGGAAGAAGUCCAAGAUGACAGAUGAGGAGAUUCUGGAGCGACUGAGGAGCAUUGUGAGUGUGGGGGACCCCAAAAAGAAGUACACACGCUUUGAGAAAAUAGGACAAGGGGCAUCUGGCACUGUGUACACAGCCAUUGACAUUGCUACUGGCCAGGAGGUGGCCAUCAAGCAGAUGAACCUCCAACAGCAGCCUAAGAAGGAGCUCAUCAUCAAUGAGAUCCUGGUGAUGAGGGAAAACAAAAACCCCAACAUAGUCAACUACCUGGACAGUUACCUGGUAGGGGAUGAGCUAUGGGUGGUGAUGGAGUACCUGGCUGGAGGUUCACUGACUGAUGUGGUGACUGAGACCUGCAUGGACGAGGGCCAGAUCGCUGCAGUCUGCAGAGAGUGUCUGCAGGCUCUGGAUUUCCUGCACUCCAACCAGGUGAUCCACAGAGACAUCAAGAGUGACAACAUCCUGCUGGGCAUGGACGGCUCGGUCAAGCUCACCGACUUUGGGUUCUGUGCCCAGAUCACCCCAGAGCAGAACAAGCGAAGCACCAUGGUGGGCACGCCCUACUGGAUGGCACCCGAGGUGGUGACCCGUAAGGCCUACGGGCCCAAGGUGGACAUCUGGUCCCUGGGUAUCAUGGCUAUAGAGAUGGUGGAGGGAGAACCUCCCUACCUUAAUGAGAACCCUCUCAGGGCCCUGUACCUAAUCGCCACCAACGGGACUCCAGAGCUGCAGAACCCUGAGCGUUUGACCUCCGUGUUCAGAGACUUCCUCAACCGCUGCCUGGAGAUGGACGUGGACCGCAGAGGCUCAGCCAAGGAGCUCCUCCAGCAUUCCUUCCUGAAGUUAGCCAAGCCCCUGUCCAGCCUGAGCCCCCUGAUUGUAGCAGCUAAGGAGGCCAUAAAAAACAGCAGCCGCUAGAGGGCGCCAUGUUUCCACACACAGAGCUGGACCCUGCUCCAUGGGGUUGUGUGACAGACAGUAACCAACCCACCUGCUGCCUCAUGGAUGGACAGCUGGCCUACAGGGCCUCUCAGUGGUCAGACGCUGCUGCUGAACCGCCUGCCGCCUCCUCCUUUAGUCCUCCAGCAUUCUGUACAUGUGGAGCAGUCUGUCAGCGUGUGUGUAAGCGUGUGUGUAAGCGUGUGUGUGUGUCCUGUGAGGAGAGUAGAGGCUCCUAAACUUAAAACUAAAAAGAGAAAAUACCGAAGAAAAAAACUUGUGCUCCUUUUCAAAAGUGAGAGAUCCAGGAAGAGAGGCAGAACGUAACAGCACUGAGAUAAUGUGAUUCCUUCCUUGUCUGUCCAGUGAUCGCCUUGGUUCCCUUUCCCUUUCCAUCAGGCCUCUCCUGCAGAGAACAUUUUACAUGAGACAGACUUGGGGACUCUGGACCCAACAUAUGCCUGCAUGACUUUGGCUCCAUGUAACCAACUUGCAACCUUUGUGUGUGAGUGUGUGUGUGUGUGUGCGUGCGUAUGUGUGUGUGUGUGCGUGCGUAUGUGUGUGUGUGUGCGUG